CUCCGUUUCCGGUUUGCGCGGCUCUUCUCCGAUCGUCGACUCCUGGCGCGCGGGGAGCUAAAGCCUUGCCUUCAUUGAGUCUAUUCACUGUCCUUAUUAAUUUAACGAUAAUCUUCGACGCCUCAUGAAGUGUAGGGUCGUACGCGGAUCUUGACCCUGAAAUUCUUUUCAUGGUAUCUUUUUCUAGGAAGUUACCCUGGCAGUAUGUUGGUGUAAAGAAACGGCGAUUUUCUUGGUUCAUUUCUUAUCAUAGCGUUGAGGAGUUCUCACAAUAUUGAUAGUAAUCGGGCUACAAGCUUUUAUGUGCGCUUGAAGCUCUUAACAUGUUCCAGGCAAUUAGUUGAUGAGAGAGGAUGGUCAUGGGCAGAGUUGAACUUUGGAAUUACAGUGAUGAAUUUACAUGAAGCGCUCCUACUAUGUACUUUAUAAAAGCAUGAAGCUUGGUAGUCAAAUAGUUGAAGAAAGUUGUAAUAGGGGUGGCGUUAUUUCCAUAGCCAUGUCACUUCCACUGACACCGUCUAAGAGGCCAAGUGAUAGGAGCCUUGUAGAACCAAAUGGGAAGGGGAAGUGGCAGAAGACAGCAGGCUCUCAUGUGCUACCAAGUCAACCGUUUAAAGUGUCCCCUGGAAGUGUUGUUUUCCGUUUACUCUGUCCUGCAUCUAAAAUUGGUUGUGUUAUUGGAAAGGGCGGUAGCAUCAUAUCAGAAAUUCGUCAGGAAAGCGGUGUGAAGGUCAAAGUUGAGGAUACUAUUCCUGGAUGUGAUGAAAGAGUUAUUACGAUUACUGGCUCUGAUAAAGAGACUGGAGAAGAUGCUGUGCAGAAUGAGAGGGUUCAUAGUGAAGGGACAGAUAAUAAGGGGAAGGAUGAUGAGACAAUAAAUCAUGGGGAUGAUAAUGAAAAUGAGGAUUCUCUUCCCGUAGAAGAUUCAAAUUGUGAGAAGGGGACUCCAUCUGUUCAGAAGGCUCUAUUUCUUGUGUUUGAGAGGAUUGCUGAAGGAGAAGAGGAGAAAACUGAAGGUGAUGGAGAAGAUACCAAGUCUUCCUUUGUUUUGAGGCUACUGGUCCUUUCUAAUCAAGUUGGUUGCCUUCUCGGAAAGGGUGGCAGUGUAAUCAAACAAAUGUCAGCUGACAGUAAGGCACAGAUUCGGAUUCUUCCUAGGGAUAAACUCCCUUUGUGUGCAUCAGCUUCUGAUGAGCUAGUUCAGAUCACAGGGGAAGUCGAAGGUGUGAGAAAAGCUCUUCAAUCUGUUUCUCAACAGCUGUUGGAGAAUCCACCCCGGGAUUAUGAACCUCUAAUAUCAAGCGCUACCGGGUCAUCUCAUUCAUUUGGUCAGUUGCCUCCACCCAGCCGUUCCUUUGGUGUUCAAGGAGGGCCUUAUACUGCUGGAUCUCGUGAUAUUCCUGACUUUCACUCUGCUCCUCCUCCUCUACUACCCAAAUUUCAUGAAGGUAUUCAUGGUCGAAUGAGGUCUUCACAGGACAUGCUGACUUUUCGUUUAUUGUGUCAUGCUGAGAGGGUAGGAAGUAUAAUUGGUAAAGGUGGAGCAAUAAUAAAGACUGUGCAACAAGAGACGGCAAGUGAAAUCAAGGUUAUUGAAGGUGAAUCUGAUUCAGAGGAUCGCAUUAUUGUCAUAUCUGGCCCAGCGCACCCAGAUGAUAGAAUAUCUCCUGUGCAAGAUGCAGUGCUUCGUGUGCAAAGUAGGAUAGUCAGAGCCAUACCUGAUGCCAAAGAGCAUAGUAUGUUAGCUAGGAUUCUUGUUUCCUCCAAUCAAAUAGGUUGUCUCCUUGGCAAGGGUGGUUCUAUCAUAACCGAAAUGAGGAAGUUGUCUGGGGCCCAUAUUCGGAUAUUAGGAAAAGAUCAGGUCCCAAAGUGCGCUUCAGAAGAUGAAGAAGUGGUCCAGGAAUUUUUACUUGUAUGGAUUCAUUGGGAUGAGGAACUGUUCUUUAUAAGUGGGGAAGCUGAGGCAGUGCAGGAUGGUCUUUUGCAAAUAACCACUAGAUUACGGCAUCAUUUCUUUCGUGAUGCAUAUCCGUCGAUCAACUAUCCCUCAAAUCCUGCAUUUCUCGAUCAACUUCCUCCCUUCCCACCGUACAUGGGAAGGAGGGAACUUUCACCUCCUGGAAUGUAUUCUAACUUAGGUCCUCCAUUUCACAAGUUUGAUGCUAUUGGUGCUCCACCUCCUCAUGGUGGUUUUCCCCAUGAUGAUCGCCCUCCUUUUAUGCAUAAUUUGCCAAGACCUGGUGUUCCUCCCUACUUAUCUGAAAGGAGACCUUGGGGUCCUCAGGGGCUACAUGAAAGUAGCAGACCCAUGGGCAUGCCAGAUUUUGUAGGAGGCCCACCCAGAAGAAUUUCAGGAUUUUCAGGAGUAAGCCAACAACCAAUCAUCACUAGCACCACAGUUGAAGUAGUUGUUCCUCGUGCUCUAGUGCCUGUAAUAUACGGGGAAGAUGGGGAAUGUCUGAAACAAAUUCGUCAGUUCUCUGAUGCAAAGAUCACCAUCACUGAUCCAAAGCCUGGAGCAGUGGAGACUGCAAUUAUAAUAUCCGGAACUCCAGAACAAACCCAUGCUGCACAGAGUCUUAUUCAAGCAUUUGUCAUGAGUGAGAGUGAAUCUGGCUAAGCCAUCUCUCUGGAUUCUUCCACGUUUUGUAUGUUUUUCCAAUUGAAUCUAAAUUAGCAUUCCUCGCUUCCCACUCAUCCCGAAAGGAAGGAACAAAAGAAAGGAGAGAUAAUAGUAGAGCAUUUGAUCUGCUGUGCCUAUUCCAGUUCAGUAACCAUUAAGGUAUAAGCUUGACUUUAGAGAAAUUAACUACUUGUAAACUUUAUACGUAUUAGGAGCUGUGAUUGAUUGAUUUUUUUUUCUGUUCACAAUAAUCAUUUAUUGAAGGACUCAAACUUACUCUCACCUCUUGACAUUUUCCACGAUGCUAUGGGCAAUGCGGCAAUGUGCGAGUGCGGUGGGGCAGUAUGUCUAUUGAUUUUAAGUAAAUAUUUAUGCUAGGUUUGGUAUUGUCAAUUCCAUCGUAAGAGCUGAUAUUACUUGAGAAGCAGAAAUGGGCAGGGAGAGCAAUUGGUUCAGUUUCUGAUUCCGUAACCUUUCUCCUUCCCUUACAGGAUUUCAUGACAUGUUACUGGGGACAAAUUUUGGCACUUGAGUAUAAGAUAGCUAGACUUUUCAAGUCUCGUCCUUGUUAAUCAGAUUCCAUCAGGACUUAGUAGUGCAUUUGUUAUGUCUCCCAUAGCC